CAAAUACAACCUGGUGAGCAGAGUUGCUGCCACUCAGCAAGAAAGGGGCCGAGUGUCCCGCUGCCUGCAAGCAAUGGACAUGGGGAAGGUCAACUCCAUGGACUUCAGAGAAUUCAUGGAAGUGUUUGGGAAUGUCAUUGAGAGAUGUCCUCUGAUAGCAGCUGCUGUGUGGUCCCAGAGCCCGUUCUCUGACUGGGAAGAUUUAGCGAGGCACUUUUCUGCCUUUAUUGAUGCUCUGCCACAGUCAGGCAAGGAGGGCGUCCUUCGCUGCUACCCGGACCUGGCGGGCCACGACCUGCAUCAGGGCACGCUGACUGCGGAGUCGCAGCGGGAGCACAGCGUCGCGGGCCUGAUGAGCUUGGGUGCCAACGAGGGGCUAAGGCUGGCUGAGCUCAACUCGCAGUACCGCGCGCGCUUUGGCUUCCCCUUCGUGCUCGCCGCGCGCCUCAGCGACCGGGAGACCGUGUUCCGCGAGCUGGAGCGCCGGCUGCGCUGCCCGUCUGCUCUGGAGCUGCGCACAGCCUUGGGCGAGGUGAAGAAGAUUGGCCGCCUGCGGCUCGCCGACCUCUUCGGCGUGGACCCUGCCGCCCGACUGUAGCUACUGCCCGCGCCCGGGCCCAGGAUGCGCGGAGACCGCGACCCUGCACGGUGCGCCCUGGGCGGGAGGCUGGUACAGUCCCAGACCGUGUCCACAAGCGCACACAAAGGAGGGGAGGACUGAGGCAAUCAUACGAAUAAUGAGCCCUUUUGUUCACCUCCCCACAUCCGUACGCGUUGCCAAAAUAUCUAUGUAGUUUCGUGCUUUGCCCCAUUUAUCCAGCUCACUGCUUCACGUCUUCACUCCCUUUGCAGAUCGUUGACACCACCAGCUUUUGUGGUUUCCAAAGCGCUUAUCCAGCUCUGGCUGCCUACCCUUUCCUGCUAAGCUGGAGCUGCCAAGCAAAACGAACGGAGAAUUAAUCUUUUAUUCCAUUGGGGUUUGCCUGUUUGUUUGUUUUUUUUUCUCCCUUCCUCUCACCUUAUUUGCUGCACCAACAUUUACGAGUGAGCGGAGCAGCGUUCUCACUUGGGGGCAGGGAGAGGAGCCCGUGCAAGGAAAGCAAGCGGGGGGUCUCAGUCUGCGGUGCAGGCGCCGCGCGGAGGUCGCCGAGUGUGGGAAAGAUGGGUGGGAGAGAGCACCGCGGCAGGCCAGAGCUGGGAAGGCGUCCCUUGCGACAGGUCUCUCCUGGAGGUGGGCUCCUCAGAACUUCAGGCUGCCCAGGAAACCCAUUAGUCAUUUUUAAAAUUAACAAUAAAAAUUAAUAAUUUAAUAAUA